UUGAGUCAUUGAGCCAGUUAUUCUCUCGAGAUACAUAAUAGCUGUGUCCCAAUUCAGGGGCUGCGUCCUUCGAAGGACGCAGUCUAGGAAGGCGUGGCCAUUGUACACUUGAAGUCCGAACCAUGGGCCGACCUGAAAUGAGAGUUGGAGCCUUCGUUGCCCGGUGAAGGAAGGACACAUUUCUCGGCCGCAUUUGAAGGAGCCUUCCAAAUUGUACGGUCUUGUGCUAUGACGCAAUCGGUCUUCCAAUGCAGCCUUCGAAGGACGCGUCCGUUGAAAUGGGACACAGCUAACGAUGCAAAACUGACAUCAGAUCAGUAUUUCUUCCGCACCGACGUCAGACUGAGGAAAUGCGUCACUCCAUCACCGGUGACGACGUGGCUGCUAGUAAAACUCUCCUCGGUUCGUGUGCCAGGCUCGUCAUACGUACCUGUUAAUAAAACCAAAAGACACCAGCAGUAAUAAUAAACAAGGAGCAGAGGGGCUUGUUGCUAGGUGUGUUUGAAAAGAGAUAACCGAUUGAACUAGCCGCCGACUGCUGCCAGCCAUGGAGACAUAUGGCAACUCACACAAGAAACAGAAGCUGAGCAACACUGCUGCAAACUGGGGUAUGCAGCGUGCAACUAAUGUUACCUAUCAAGCUCAUCACGUCAGCCGAAACAAGCGUGGGCAGGUUGUGGGCACAAGAGGAGGAUUCAGAGGAUGCACCGUUUGGCUGACUGGUUUGUCCGGUGCAGGGAAGACAACGGUGAGCAUGGCCCUGGAGGAGUACCUGGUAUGCCACGGUAUCCCCUGCUACACUCUGGAUGGGGACAACAUCCGUCAGGGGCUGAACAAGAACCUGGGUUUUAGUCCAGAAGACCGAGAAGAGAACAUCAGACGCAUUGCUGAGGUGGCUCGUCUUUUUGCUGAUGCUGGGCUGGUUUGCAUCGCCAGCUUCAUCUCUCCCUACAGCAGAGAUCGACUCAAUGCCAGGAAGAUCCAUGAGGCUGCAGGGCUGCCUUUCUUUGAGGUGUUUGUGGAUGCCCCGCUGGAUGUCUGUGAGCUGAGGGACGUGAAGGGACUGUACAAGAGAGCCAGAGCAGGGGAAAUAAGAGGUUUCACUGGAAUUGACUCGGAGUACGAGAAGCCGGAGGUCCCAGAGCUGGUGCUGAAAACCGACUCCUGCAGCGUGAAUGAGUGUAUACAACAGCUUAUUGACCUGCUUCAGGAGAGGGAUAUAGUUCCCAUUGAUGCAUCUUAUGAAGUAAAGGAGCUGUAUGUUCAGGAAAACAAACUGGACCUGGCGAGGGCUGAUGCAGAGACUCUGCCUGCUGUACAGAUUGCCAAGGUGGAUAUGCAGUGGGUGCAGGUGCUUGCUGAAGGCUGGGCCACUCCUCUGAAUGGUUUUAUGAGGGAGAGAGAGUACUUGCAGUGUCUUCAUUUUGACUGUCUGCUGGAUGGAGGUGUCAUCAACCUGUCAGUGCCCGUGGUGCUGCCGGUUUCCACUGCAGAUAAAGAGCGUUUAGAUGGUGUGACAGCCAUGGCUCUGGUCUAUGAAGGCAGACGAGUUGCCAUCCUUCGCAACCCUGAGUUUUAUGAGCAUCGCAAAGAAGAGCGCUGUGCACGUCAGUGGGGCACCACCUGCAAAGACCACCCCUACAUCAAGAUGGUGAUGGAAAGUGGGGACUGGCUGGUUGGUGGUGACCUACAGGUUCUGGAUAGGAUCUACUGGAACGAUGGACUCGAUCAGUACCGACUGACACCCACUGAGCUCAAACAGAAGUUUAAAGAAAUGAAUGCAGAUGCUGUAUUCGCCUUCCAGCUCCGCAACCCGGUCCACAACGGCCAUGCCCUUCUGAUGCAGGACACCCAUAAGCGUCUCAUUGAGCGAGGCUACCGCCGGCCUGUUCUGCUGCUCCACCCGUUGGGAGGUUGGACCAAGGACGAUGAUGUGCCGCUGCCUUGGCGAAUGAAACAGCAUGCGGCUGUGCUGGAGGAGGGUAUCCUGAAUCCCGAUUCUACCAUUGUUGCCAUUUUCCCCUCACCAAUGAUGUACGCGGGGCCAACUGAGGUUCAGUGGCACUGCAGAGCUCGCAUGGUGGCCGGUGCCAACUUUUACAUUGUGGGCCGCGACCCUGCAGGCAUGCCCCACCCUGCCACAGGAAAGGACCUGUACGAACCCAGUCACGGAGCGAAGGUCCUCACCAUGGCCCCAGGCCUCAUCACCCUGGAGAUUGUGCCUUUUAAGGUUGCUGCUUACAACAAGGUCAAACGAGCAAUGGACUUUUAUGACCCCAAAAACCAUCAAGACUAUGAUUUCAUCUCAGGCACACGCAUGCGUAAAAUGGCUCGUGAGGGAGAGAAUCCUCCUGAUGGCUUCAUGGCGCCAAAGGCCUGGGCUGUGCUGAAAGAAUACUACAAGUCACUGGAGAAGGCUUAAUGGCUGCCUACAACACCGAGAAACAGUGGGUUCUACUGAUGUUCAUAACAGUGAAUGUGGGGACCACUCCGCUACUGUAAAACCAUGCUCCAGCUUCAGUCACUUUUACAUUUCAGUCAUGAAACUUAGCUCAUUUGUGUUCCCAUUAUUUAACUAAACCUACUGAUAAACAUAGGACAGAGCGAGAGAACCAAGCCUUUGUGUCUUUGCACCAACUUAAAGCUACAGUAUGCAACUUUUUCCAAAUAUUUUUGCUGCAGAAAUCUGCCCCAAAUCUUGUCUUAAUGUGGAGAGGUGCUGCUGACGCCUCCUGUGACCCAGACUCAUUGAACAGCACUGGUGGCAGUGCAGAGGUGUCAGCUUCCUAAAGGUUUUGAGCAGGACUGACUGCUAAACAAUCAGAGAUUUUCAAUUAUUUCUGCUCAGUCGGUAAGUUUUACAUUCUCAUUUCUUGUUGGGCAGAACGUGGUGGAGCAUAGUAGAGCAGGGAGAGGGAGCACGGUGCAGAGCACAGUGG